ACUUCGGAGACCACUACUGAGCCUACAACCACUUCGGAGACCACUGCCGAGCCCACAACAACCACUUCAGAGACCUCUACCGAGACGCCCACCACCACCACACCUUCAACCACAGGGCUGACAGACCCUUGUGAUGAGCUGGAGUGCACAGCUAGUGAGAGGUGUGGAGAGAGGAAUGGUGUCUAUGGCUGCCUCUGCAGUGAGGAACAUGACAACACUAGUGCUGAAUAUUUUGAUUCCAAGGAAAUUUGUAACGGCAGUUCAGCCACCAUUUCCUUGUCUCGCUGUCAGUUGUUUCAAAGUGGCUUCCCAUCCAAUUCAUUACACCUAAAUGACCCAAAUUGCACUGGAACAGUGCGCGAUGGCAGGGUGGAGUUUCACUUUGACAACGAUGAUCAUAUCUGUGGGACAACUCUUACGAGCAAUGGCACUCACUUCAUCUAUCAGAACACCAUCCAUGGAGAGACCUUCCCAGAGGGAGCUAUCAUUGGACGGGAGAGAAUUCUCAGUGUCACUUUCAGCUGUGCAUAUUUACUGUCUCAGUCCCUGUCUAUGUCCACUGGCAUCCGUCCACUGGAGAGCAUUCUGGGGAAGAAUCUACCAGCAGGCAUUAACCACUACCAAAUGAGGAUGAUUCCUUAUCUUGAUGCACAGUUCCAGCAGCCCUUCACAGGUUCUACAAUGGAGGUGCCUAUCAACCAGCAGGUGUAUGUGGCUGUAGAGGUUGAGGGACUGGACGGCAGGCAAAUCGCCACAGUGAUUGACUCCUGCUGGGCCACACCCAUUAAUGACCCUCUAAGCAGUGUACGCUGGGACCUUAUUGUGCAGGAGUGCCCCAAUCCUGCUGACGGGACUGUGGAGAUUCUGCAGAAUGGCGUGUCCACCAGUAGCCGUUUCUCAUUCAAGAUGUUCACAUUCACAUCAAACACCACCACCACCAUUUUCCUGCAUUGCCAGAUUCACUUGUGUGUGCUCAGUGGGAACAACUGCUCUACGUCCUGCUAUCCUGGGAAUCAGCAACGAGUUCAGAGGUCUGUUAAAUUCCAGGACACUUCUUCCAUGUCCAUUGGCCCUUUUGUCUUACAACAGACACAAACAGACACGCAAGUCCUGGAGCGGAUCUCUGUGGCCGGUGCUCCAGCUUCUGUCAGUUCUCUGCUGCCCCUGAUACUCUCAGUUGUGGCUGCAGUUGUACUGCAUUAGAGCAUCUCAGGAGCAACCAUUCCAUCUCACACUCCUUGCGUUGAACGAAAACCUCUGUAGAUCCUUAUGUCACUUCCUUACAGAUAGGUAUUUUCCCCUUGGAUUCUUAACAUACAGAUUUUUGUUAUUCUGCUUUAAUUUUACAGGGAAAUCUAUAAAUGAGUGGUACUUUGGCAGCUGCAAUGUGUGAUAUUCUUUAAAUUCAGAGCUGUCAUUACAGGUAGAACCAGUUUUUGAAUAACUUUUAGUAUUUUGCUCCUCGUACUUUAAAUAGAAUACAUAAGAAGUGGAGUCACAAUCCAGUGAAAACCAUUAAUCAGAAAUAAUUAAUUAUUGUUUAGCCACACAGAGGUGCUAAUGCUGCAUAACUAUAUUGUGAGACAAAU